CAAUGCGGUGCUACGAGAUCAUGAUCACUUCUGGAUACCACUUUUAUUCAUGAAUGCUAAUACUACUUAAUGGAAGAAGUCUUGGUGGAAAUACAUGAAGACCUGGUGACACUAGAUUUCCCAUUCAAUGAAUAAAAUUGGAAAAACACUGUUCAGGCUAUUCCUCGUGACUUUUCUGGUGGUGAAACCAGAUAAAGGAGCGGAUUUAAAAUGGUCUAGAAGAUCUUGUGUGCCUCCUGGUAAUGCAUGCAAUUUCACAGACAACAAGAAUGACCAAGAAUGCCCUUGGUAUGAAAGCUGUGACUUUGAGACGGAUUUCUGCAACUGGUCCAAUGAUCUAGAAUCAGAGACUCAAUGGACACGGAGGAAUAGUUUGAGUGGCAUCGGGCCACUGAAUGAUCACAAAGGAAAUCUGUCUGCUUAUUAUUUAUCCAUAUCACCUGAAAGAAAUUCAAAGGAUUUUGCAGUUCUACGAAGCGCUGUUUUCCUUCCUCCAAAAGAUAUUUGCCAGAUGAGCUUUUAUUAUCAGUUUGGUCAUGUCAGUGGCAUGCUUAAAGUUGGACUGUACCAGCAAAACAGUGGACAUAUACUGGAAAUCUGGAACCAAACGUCUGCACAAGGGAGUCAAUGGAACAGAAAGGUUAUCAAAAUCAACAGCAAAGGCAAAUAUCAGGUCAUUAUUCAGGGAAUAAUAUUUGAUUAUACUCCAUCCAAUGAAGGCAUCGCCAUUGAUGACAUUACCUUCAAUUGUGGUUGUCUCACUAGACCAGAUCCAGCUUGUGAUUUUGAAGCUGAUCUGUGUGGGUGGCACUCUGAGGAGAUACAAAGUUCUGUGGCAUGGCAACAUAUUCAGUCAGGCAAUAGUUCUGGCAUCGGUUCUGCACCACCGAUGGACCACAGCACAGAAUCCUCAUUGGGUCAUUAUGUGUGGAUAGAGGCCAACAACAUCACAUCUUCACAAACUGCUCUCCUUAGCAGUUCUGUGUACCGCGACUCAGGACAGCAUUGCCGAUUUGAAUUCUUCUAUCAAAUUAAUGGCAGAAAUGUACUCACAGUACUGUUACAAACGAAGGAGGGACAAGUAAAUUUGUGGGAAGAAUGGACACCAACUGAAAACCAGUGGAUCAAAGGAGAAGUAUGGCUGCCUCCUUGCUUAAGUCAGUUUCAGGUUAUAUUUGCGGCCUCCAUUCAAAGCAAGGCGGGCUUCCUGGCCCUGGAUAGUCUGAGAUUCCAUGAAUGCGAAAUGGAAUAUUUUCCAGAAUCGUGCUCACCUUCAACAUUCACCUGUGGAACAGGACAUUGCAUUCCUCUCAGUUCAGUUUGUGACUUUCAGGCUGACUGCUGUGAUGGACGAGAUGAGGAUGAAUCAGUCUGUUCAAAGUAUACAAUGUGCAACUUUGAGUCUGGUUUCUGUGAGUGGAAACAUCUCACCUCAGAAGGUGGUGUGUGGGUUCGAGGACAGGGCCCAACAUCAGGAUUACCUGUUAUAGACCACACAACCAAUUCCAGCCAAGGAAUGUUCCUCUAUUUCAAAGCAUCUGAACAUAAAGCAACAAAUAUUAUUCAGAUCGGCAGUCCAGAGUUAAAGAAUCAAUUAAACAAUGAUCUUCCAUGUCAGGUAAGGUUCUGGUAUCAAAUGUCAGAGGGAGCCAACAUGUCUAUAUAUAUUCGGACUACAGCUGGGAACAUGGAAAGAGUUAUCACCCUCACCACACCAGUCAACAGAGUUUGGACUAAACUGGAGAUCCCUGUAGAGCUCAGCAUAACACAAACCAUGAAACCUUUCCAGGUUAUUCUCCAGAGCACCGUGUUGGCAGUACGUAAUGCAUUUAUUGCAAUAGAUGAUGUCAGUUUAACUCCAGGUUGCGCUAUAUCUCACAGGAUGGCCUCAAAUUCCAUCACAGAAUACAAAGCCUCCACAUGUAACUUUGAAGAGGACAGCUGUGGCUGGUUUGAGAAUGUUCCUAAUGAUAACUUUGAUUGGAUCAGAAACUCAAGUAGUGCUUUGCCUUCAAAUGUCAAAGUUCAGGCCCCGGCUCGGGAUCAUACCACCAAUGCUACCACUGGCCAUUUCAUGUUUAUUUUGACUAUGAAAAGCAACAUUUUUCAGACUGCAGAACUAACCAGCCCUAAGUUCACUCAAUCAGGAACUGGAUGCACAAUGUCCUUUUGGUAUUACAAUUAUGGACUGGCAGUGGGAGCAGCAAAAAUGUUCCUGGAGGUUGAGGGUGUGAAGAACAACACUGUCGUGUGGUGGACGUACAACACUCAAAGCAAUCAAUGGCUCCAAGGUUUUGUCCAGCUUGGGCGUCUAACACGGCCAUUCCAUCUUAAAUUGGUGAAAGUCAGCCUGGGCAUUUACAAUGGUGUGGCUGCAGUGGACGACAUUGUGUUUGCCAACUGCUCCCUCCCACCAGCUGUAGAGAUUUGUGAGGGCGCAGAGUGGUUUUGGUGUGAACAAACUCGAGCUUGUAUUAACCGAUUACAAGUAUGUGACCUUGUGGAUGAUUGUGGUGACGGUUCUGAUGAAAUCAACUGUGAGCAGGAAUUACUCUGUAAUUUUGAAAAUGGAUUUUGCAACUGGCAGCAAGCCAAAGACGAUGAUUUUGACUGGACAAGAAACAAGGGUCAAACCUCCACAGCCAACACAGGACCAUCAAAAGACCACACGUUAGGGACAGCAGAAGGCCACUACCUUUACAUUGAAGCAUCUGACCAACAGUUUGGAAAUACAGCCACACUCCUCAGUCCCAUCCUGGAUGCUACCAGCAAUCAUGCUAACAAGACCUGUAUCUUCCGUUUCCAUUUUCACAUGUUUGGAAAACAGAUUUUUAAGCUGGCAGUGUAUAAAAGAACCCACAGGAAUACAAAUGGAGACCAGCUUUGGGUAAAAUAUGGUCAGCAUGGUGAUAGAUGGCUAAAGGAGAUUUUAUUUAUCAAUAGUUCUGAACCAUUCCAGGUAUUAGUGAAAGGAACUGUAGGAGAUAAUUUAGGAGGAGACAUUGGAAUCGAUGACAUUUCUUUCAUGAAUUGUGAACUUUAUAGUGGUGAUUUACCAGCCAUAAUUCCAACAACAACACGGCCACCAAGACCUUCUACAGUUCCACCCAACAAUUGCACAGUGAAUGAGUUUGUUUGUAUAACCAAUGGGCAAUGUGUUGCCAUCAGCAAGAAGUGUGAUUUUCGGGAAGAUUGUUCUGAUAAGACAGAUGAAUUGUUCUGUGUUUGGAAGUUCUGCAAUUUCAGUAACGGGGUCUCAUGUGGUUGGAAGCAACAGGUAGAACCAACACCAGCCAAGAAUGUAUUUCAGUGGUUCAGCGGGCAAGGUUCAGACAUACAUCCAGGAGAAGAGGGUGACAGACCAUCUAUGGACCACACGAUGGGCACAGAACAAGGUUGGUACCUUUAUGCUGAUAGUUCAAAUGGGAAAUUUGGACACUCAGCUGACAUCUUCACUCCCGAAAUCUCUCUUACUGGCCCAAAGUGUAAAUUGGUCUUUUGGUAUCACAUGAGUGGAGCUACCAUUGGAUCAUUACAGGUUUUCAUCAAAUUUGGCAACAUUACACAGCUACUCUGGUCUCAAAGUGGUAGCCAGGGUAACCAUUGGAGGCGGGGAGAAAUAUUUCUUGGUGUUCAGUCUCAUUUUCAGGUUUUCAUUAGAGCCAAGCGGGGUGUGAGUUAUAUGGGUGAUAUUGCAGUGGAUGAUAUUUCCUUUGAAAAUUGUGCAGCUCUUCUGAUCCCAGCCAGACAGUGCAGCUCUGAUGAGUAUUCAUGUACCAACAAAUACUGCAUUCCUAAAGAGCAGCUCUGUGACUUCACCAACGAUUGUGCUGAUCAUUCUGAUGAGCUUCCACUCAUAUGCAGUACAAAUUUGGGACAUUGUGAUUUCGAAUUUGAUCUGUGCUCCUGGAGGCAGUGGAGAAAUGAUAAUUUUGACUGGAUCCUUAAAGAGGGGAGUAUCCCAACACUGGGGACAAGCCCAACCACUGACCAUACACUGAGAACUCCAGCUGGUCAUUACAUAUAUAUUGAAAGCCCAUUUCCACAUCUUCCAGGACAUAUGGCAAGACUUUCUGGGCCAUCUAUCAGCAAGAUAAGCAAAGACUGCAAGUACUCCACAUCCUGGCUCCUAUUUGGAGAACUGUAUAUAACUCCCAUCAAGAUCUUUCUGCCUCUACUACCACCUCAGAUUAUUUUUUAUUACCAUAUGGCUGGAAAUAUUAAUGGAUCAUUAACAGUAUAUCUACAGACUUUAUCUGGUCAUCACACGUCACUUCUCAACUUAACAGGGGACCGAGGCCAUUACUGGCAACGAGCUGGAAUCACUCUGAGCGCUGAUGAAGACUUUGAGAUAAUGAUAGAGGGAUGGGUGGGCAAAGGCUCCAAAGGAGUCAUAGCACUUGAUGAUAUCACCUUCACAAAGGGAUGCAUCAUUUCCAAUAAUGCAUUUUAUGAAACACCUACUCCACAUCCUCCAACAGGAUCCUGUCCACCCAAUUAUUUGGCAUGCCAGAAUGGAAGAUGUUAUCAUACAGAACAGAGCUGUGAUUUUCUAGAUGACUGUGGCGACAACACAGAUGAAAAAGAAUGUGGAACAUCCUGCACCUUUGAGAAUGGACAAUGUGGUUGGAAGAAUUCUCUGGCAGAUAACUUUGACUGGAUAUUGGGACAGGGUUCAUUUCAGGAUCUACGCCCCGCCAGCGAUCGGAACCUUGGAAAUGAACAUGGUCACUUUCUGUAUCUUGAAGCUAUUCCUGGAGGCCUGAGGGGUGACAAAGUCCAUCUGCGGAGCUCAGUAUGGAAGGAAUCAAGCGCUAAAUGCACUCUGUCAUUCUGGUAUUACAUGUCACAGAAGGCUACAGGCCUUAUAAGAGUUCUUAUUGAGACAAGUAAAGAUCUUACUGAAGUAUGGAAUAAAACUGGAAAUCAAGGUGAUAGAUGGAACAAGGCUAUGAUACAUCUGAAAAAUCUGCGUAACUUUGAAAUCAUAAUUGAAGGAAUCCGAACUAAGAAUUUUGGAGGUGGAGCAGCUAUUGAUGAUAUUCAGUUCAAACAUUGUGCCCCAGAUAGAGAUUUACUGGGCAUUUGCCCAGAUAUAACCGAUUACGUUUGUCAAAAUGGCGAAUGCAUUGAGUCUGACCUGGUCUGUGAUUACAAAUUGGACUGUGAAGAUGGAUCUGAUGAAUCUAACUGUUCACAGUAUGUUAAUAUUGCAGGAAGCUGCAGCUUCAGUGGGCCAAAUGAAGGGAGUUUGAUCAGUAACUGCAGACUAAUGCAGAACAAUGAUGACAACUUUGAUUGGAGUAUAGGAGACAAAAAUUUCACUGUAGGAACUAGUCCAGCAACUGAUCACACACCAGGAGUUGGAGGAAUGUUUCUGUACAUUAAUUCUUCAGCUCAACAUGAAGGUGACAUUGCUAGAAUAACCACCACCCAUUCAUUCCCAGCGAGUAUAGGAGUAUGUCAUUUGCGUUUCUGGUACUUUAUCAGUGCUUCGAAAGAAAUGGGCUCUCUGAAGGUGUACACAGCUGGAAAAUCUGGAAUGCCCUUGCUGAUGUGGUCAGUGUCUGGGAACAAUGAGGACAACUGGAUGUAUGCCAGUCUGAUGGUUGCCAACAACCAUCCAUUUCAAGUCGUGUUUGAAGCUGAAGUGGGUGGAGAUAAACACAUAACCAUUGCAAUUGAUGACAUCUCUUUUACCCUGGGGUGUGUUUCUGGAGAAUUACCCGUGCCUCUGCCAGCGACAUGUUCCCCGGUCUCCUUUCAGUGCUGGCAUACACAGAUGUGCAUUUAUCAAUCCUGGGUCUGUGACGGUGAAGAGGAUUGUGCGGAUGGAAGCGACGAAUCUAAUUGCUCAACGCUGAUUCCAGGCACCUUUCCUCCUCAGGAUCAAUGUGAAGAUACAGAAUUCCAAUGUUCCAAUGGGGAAUGUAUCCCGUCUUUGUUCAGGUGCGAUGCAGUCCCAGAUUGCCCUUCCAAAGAAGAUGAAUUUGGCUGCUCUGCAACACACUGCUUCAAUGGUUCUUUGUUCUGUGCGAGCAGUGGAGAGUGUAUCCCAGUAACACAGCGAUGUGAUGGUAACGUCGACUGCAGAGAUUUCAAAUCAGAUGAAUCUAGUUGCUCAGAAUGUCCAAAUGCAUAUUGUAGAAAUGGAGGAACAUGUAUCAUUGUUAACAGAACUGCACUGUGCAAGUGUACAAGUCAGUGGAAAGGAAAUCGAUGCCAUAUUUUGGUCAACACAGCAGGAACUCUCAGUCCUGAUCUAGCACCAGAUAAUGACUCCAUGUGGGCAGGACUGGGCACUGGCUUGGGUUUGUUUGUGCUCACUCUACUAAUUGUUUCAAUCAUAAUCACUAAAAGAAAAGCAAGCAAGGUAUCAGCAUCAAAAACCAAAUGUGUGUCAAUAUCCAAUAUUCUAUAUGGCGAUCACAGUGCAAAUCUGUCAGCAGAGUUUACGAUGGAGGACACUUUGACAAGUUCAGCUAUCAGCGUUUAUCCCUGGCAAACACCAUGCAAGGUGUUUUCCAGGGUAUCAAACAAACUCACUUCCUUUUCCAAUCCUUUGUAUGAUGGUAAAUUGGAGAACUGGAAGCCAGCAGAAGAAACUCCUGGAAAUUUGAAUUUCAGAAAUACUUAAAAAAAGAUAGAUUUGCUUCAAACAUUAUUAGUUAAAGCAGAGGUGUUUCCUGAAUGAUUCUUACUGCAAUGACAUAAAGUAAUUGACUUGCUGAUAACAAAGAACUGUCUAUUUUAUUGAAUGUCAACAUUGCUUAAAGAUCUGUAAACUUUUACAAACUUUUCUGUUCGAAAUCAUUAAAUAGAGAAAUUAUGUUUUGUGCCCAUAUGUACAGCAGACACUCUUGACUAAUUAUAGUGAAUUUAAAGACCUCCCUUGGUGAUCAUAAAUUGAAUUGAUGUUAUGUUUAACGUGAGCAAGAAGGGCAGUGUGCUGUGCUAUAUACAGAAGACCACAUUAAGAUGGAACUAGAGUAACAUAAAACUGUCAAAAGGCUCACUUCUGAAAAUUUAUUUGGAUAAGUGUAUUCAAGCUGAAGCUGAUUGGAUAACAUUACUGCAAAAUCAGCAUAGUUCUAUAAUGGACAGCAAUGUGUCAGAUCACAUUGUCAUUUAAGCUGUCCCAUUGAUGCACCAACAGCUCCUUGGCAUUAACUUUAUGUUUUUGUACAUCUUUAACAUUUCCAUCUCAGCUUGCUUACCUUUCCAUCAUAGCACCUGUAUCCACCAUUGGCAAUAUUCUUAUGGUCUCAAUCUUUUACUGAAAGCAUCCCUCCUUUCUUUAUCUACACCUCCUCUGCUCACUUUUUACUGAAGCUUGUGUUGCAUACUCAUAGACCAUGAUUUUUGAAAAAAAACUCCUUACUGAUCCUGAUCCUGAGGUCUAAUCCUCUGGAGACAUUGCAGAACAUGAAAUUCAUGCAUACACAAUAGCUGAGUCACAUUAAUGGAACCUCCUCGGGGGUAAAAAUACUCAAGAAAGAAGAAAGCAGAAAGGUCAAUGCAGCAGUAGAGAUCCGCAGUUCUUCUACCCACUGUUGCAAGGUUCAAGUUCAAGGCCCCGUGUUCCUGUAAGGGUGAAAGCCAAGAAUAACAAGUAUAGGAAACUCUGAAUAUUUGGGAAUGUUGAAAAAUAUUGAGAAUUCAGUAAAUAGAAUGUCAGAAACAUAUACCAGGAGAGGACUGCCUGCAGUAUUAAAAGUGUAGGGAAACACCUAAACAGAAAAUCAGAAAGGCAGAGAGAGGUCACAGGAAAUCACUGGCAAAUAGGACUGAGGUAAAUGAGAAGACAUUUUGUAAUCAUAUUAAGAGCAUAAGAAUAAUCAGAGAAAAAGUAGGAACCAUUAUUGAAAAUGGAGCAAUCUGUGCGGGGAGCCUACAGGUCUAGGUGACACUCUGAAUGAGUACUUUACAUUGGUUUUCACAAAGGAGACAUUUCUUAUAACUGCAGAAAUCAAUAAGCGGUAGGUGAAACUCCAGUACAGGUCUCCGUAAAUAAAUAGGAGGUAUUUGUUGCUUUGGCAGUCUUAAAGUUGGAUAAAUUUCUACGACUGGAUGGGGUGUUGCUGCGUGGCCAAGUGGUUAAGGAGUUGGUCUAGUGAUCUGAAGGUCGCCAGCUUGAGACUCAGCUGAGGCAGUGUGUUGUGUCCUUGAGCAAGGCACUUAACCACACAUUGCUCUGCGACAACACCGGUGCCAAGCUGUAUCGGCCCUAGUGUCCUUCCCUUGGGUGACAUCGGUGGUGUGGAGAGGGGAGACUUGCAGCAUAGGCAAUUGCCGGUCUUCCAUAUAACCUUGCCCAGGCCUGCGCCCUGGAAACCUUCCAAGGCGCAAAUCCAUCGUCUCACAAGACUAACAGAUGCCUAUAAAUGGGGUUUAUCCCAGACUGGUAAAGGAGGCAGGAGAAAGAAAAGAUUGCUGGGGCUCUGGCUGAGCUUUCAAAAUUUUCACCAAAUAGCGAUGAUGUGCUAGAUGACCGGGGAACAACAAACAUGGCCCCAUUUUCAUGACAGGUAGCAAGGACAAUUCUGGUAACUAUAGAGCUGUGAGCCCAACAUCAGUGGUGGGAAAGAUAUUGGAAAAAUUUCAGAGGGAGAAAAUGACUUGGACAAGCAAGACUCAUCAGAAACAGCAAACAUGGAUUUGUCUGGGGUCGAUCCUGUCUGGCCAAUUUGAUUGAAUUUUUAAAAAAGAUAACAAGUUGUAUCAAUGGGCAGUAUAUCUGAUCUACAUGGAGUAUAGUAAAGCCUUCAACCAAGUCACACAUGGGAGACUGGUUCAAAACUUUAGGGCCCAUGAAUUCAAGGCAAGUUGUCUGUCUGAAAACAAAAUUAACUUGGCAAUCAAAUACAGAGGAUAAUGGUAGAGGGUUAUUUAUGAGAAUGGACGCCUAUGAUUAAUAUUGUUGAACAAGAAUUUGAUCUGGGGACCUUUGUUGUUUGUAAUAUACGAAAAUGACUUGGAUGUGGGUAGGAUGUUGAGGAGGGCAAGGUCAGUAAAUUCAUGGAUGACAUGAAGUUUGGAGCAAUUGUUGAUAAACCAGAACGUAGUCUCAGGAUACAGAAAGAUAUUUAAGUUUUGGUAAAAUGGCUAAAAAAAAAAUGGAGUUUAACCAAACAAAUGUGAGGUGAUGCAUCUUGGGAGAAGUAAGGAGUACUACAUCAUGUAUGGUAGAUAUCAUGUACUUCAGACCUCAGAGUCUACAAACCCAGUACAGAUGGACAAUGUGGUUAGGAAGACAUAUGGGGUACUGGCCUUCAUUAAUCAGGGCAUCAAACACAGAAGUAGGGAGAUUAUGGUCCAACUUUAUAAAAUCCUGGACAGAAUUCAGCUGGUGUACUCAGCACAGUUCUGAUCACCAAUGUAGAGGAAGCAUAUCACAGUAUUAACGAGGGUGCUGAAGAAAAUCACCAAGAAGUUGCCUGGGAUGGAUUAGUUCAAUUAAGAGAAGAAGCUGAGAAACUAGAACUUUUCUUCCUGGGCUGGAAAGGUUAAGAGGAGAUGUAAUUGAGGUACAUAAAAUUAUGAGAGAUAUAGAUAGGACAGACUCCCCAUGUUAGAGUAGCUAAAAUAUAGAUUUGUGGUAAGGGGGAAGAGCCUCGGAGAGGAUAGGAGGGGAACCUUCUUCACCCAGAAACUGGAAGUAUAGAAUAUACUCUCUGAGAGAGUAGUUGAAGCUGACUCACCAACAGCAAAUAAAAAUUGAUUAACUGAAUACUUGAAUCACUUCGGGUAUAGAGGGCUAUGGACUAAGUGCUGGGCGAUGCUGUUGAAACAGAAGAGGUGGCCAUUGGUCGGUGUGGAUUAGCUGGGUAGUUGGUAGAUGUCUGGUGAUUCUAUGUCCGCUAACAUAAUUUACUUUUGAUGGUAUUCAACCAUUGCGAGUGGUUGCUUGUGGAAGACGUGGCACGAGGUUUAAAAAGCUUAGAGCCUUGUAAGACUUUUUGAGGAGCUUGAAUCCAUUGUGAGCUCCAGCUUAUGGGAGAGGGGUCAUGAGGUUUAAAUGAGCUCUGAGCCUUUUGGGACUUUUUGGCAGCUUCAGUCAUAACAAUUUCUUAGGCACUUAGCAAGCAGUGAGCAGAGCAACCUUUGUGGGAGCAGCCAUUGUCUGAGAAGGUCAGUGUUAGAGGAAGCAGGGAUUCUGCAGGAUUCAGAUUAGGAGAAUGGGCGAAGAAGUGGCAGAUGGCACAUUUCAAAGCUCUAGAUCCUUUUGCAAGUUGCAGGUGGCAUGUAGUGUAGGAAACUGUAUGGUCAUGCACUUACAUAGAAGGAAUAAAGGCUUUCACUAUUUUCUAAAUGGGGAAAAAAUUCAGAAAUCAGAGAUGCAAAGAGACAAAGGAGUCCUCUUGCAGGAUCCUAAUGUUAGCGUCGUUUCAAGAGGACUGGAAUAUAAUCAGCAUAGUGUUUAAUAUCAUUGGUAUAUGUCAUAGAAUUUGUUAACUUUGUGGCAGCAAUACAAUGCAAUACAUAAUAACAGAUAAAAGAUUGUGAAUUACCAUACGAAUUUACGUAUUAAAUAUUUAAAUUAAAUAAGUAGUGCAAAUAAAAUAGUAGUGAGGUCAUGUUCAUUGGUUACUGACGUGAUGGAGGAGCCCCUGGAUACCACCAGAGAUGGAGGACCUUCACUGCUGCCCUAAAUGAGAGCGGUAUAACGGACAAUAUGUAAGUGCUGAAUUGGAGAGGGUCCAGUGGAGGUUCACGAGAAUGAUUCUGGGAAUGAAAGGGUUAACAUAUGAGGACUGCUUGAUGGGUCUGAGCAUGUACUCACUGGAAUUUUGAAAAAUAAGGGGGUGGUCUCAUUAAAACUUAUUGAAUAUUGAAAGGCCAAGACAUGGUGGAAGUGGAGAAACAGUUUCAUUUUGUUGGAGAUUCAAGGACCAGAGGGUACAGCCUCAGAAUAUAGGGACAUCCCUCUAUAACAGAGAUGAGAAGGAAUUUCUUUAGUUAGUGGGUGGUGAAUCUGUGGUAAUCGUUGCCACAGUCAGCUGUGGAGGACAAGUCAUUGCGGAGUUGAUCGGCUCUUGAUUAGUAUGAUUAGUAAGGACAUGAAAAGUUACAGAGAGAAGGCAGGAAAAAUGGAGUUGAGAGGAUUAAUAAAUCAGCCAUGAUGGAAUGGUGGAGCAGACUCGAUGGGCUGAAUUGCCUAAUUCUGCUCCUAUGUCUAAUAGUCUUAUGGUCUAACAUUCUCACAUACACAUACACAUACAAUAGAAACUCAACUUUGCCCAAUAUUCUCAUUUCACCCAUACCUUUCUAUCCCAGUAACAUAAAAUAAAGCAGCCCUGAAGCCCAAACCCUGAUCCCUAAUUACUCACCAUCAUUUCAUAUCCCCCCAAUGAUCAUCAAAUAACAUAAGUAUACCAGCCAGCCCAAAAACAAGAAUGAAAAAGAUGAAAAAUAGCCGUAAAAACAAUUACCACUUCAAGGACAGGAAGUUAUUAGAUUAGAUUAUGAGGACAUGCAGUCCUCUUUUAUUGUCAUUUAGUAAUGCAUGCAUUAAGAAAUGAUACAAUGUUCCUCCAGUGUGAUAUCGCAGAAACACAAGACAGAGCAAGACUGAAAAACUGAUAAAAAUCACCUAAUUAUAACAUAUAGUUACAACAGUGCAAGCAAUACCAUAAUUUGAUAGAAGAACAGACCAUGGGCACGGUAAAAAAGUCACAAAAUCUCUCAAAAGUCCCAACAUCUCACGCAGACGGUAGAAGGAAGAAAACUCUCCCUGCCAUGAGCUGCCAGUGCCGCAAAUUUGCCGAUUCAGCAUCCUAAAAGCACCCGACCACAGUUCGACUCUCAGUCCAUCUGAAAACUUUGAGCCUCCAACCAGCCCUCCGACACUGAGCACUGGGCACCAUCUCUGCCGAGCGCUUCGACCCCAGCUCCGGCCACCAGCAACUGACAAAGCCGAGGAUUUGGGGCCUUCCCCCCCCCCCCGGAGAUUCUCGAUUGCACAGUAGCAGCAGCAGCGAACCGGGCAUUUCAGAAGUUUCUCCAGAUAUUCCUACGUGCUUCUCACAUCCGUCUCCAUCAAAUCAGGAUUGUGCACGGCCCCUAUUUAACAAAUACGAUAUCAUUUCACAGGAGAGGCUGCGCGCGCUGCGUCGCGCCGCCAUCUUCUCCCUCCCUAAUGAUAACCAUGACAGCUAUAACAAACAUCCAGGCAACAAUGAUUCUUUAAUAUUGUUUUGCAGUAUAGUGCCCUACCUUCUGUAGAAUGAGAGGUAAGAGUGUCAGAGCUUUGUUGCUUCUGAGAGCAACUCUUGAGGUAUACCAUUUAGAUGUGAAAAUUUAUUAGAUUACUGUUGAAGUAUAAUGGCAGAUUUGCCAGAGGGACAAGGCCGCUGUUCACUGACUGUGAGAUGUCCAAUUAUGUCACCAGAUAGCUGGUGAUUGACCCAGCUUUAAUGGACAUGCAAACCAGCACUUCAUACACUUCCAGCAUAAGUCCAUAGUUGUGAAAUUCCUGGAGGCCAUUUUUAUUUCUUUGUCUUUCACUGAUGUUGUGGAAGGAGGGAAAGCUAUGCCUAGACAGUGAUGACAAAACAAACAUCUCACAUUCUCAUUUCACUUCCUCGAUUUCCUCCUGACUUCUCUUGAACUCCAAAACCUUCAACUUGAACCUCUGUAUUGCCCUAUUGAAUCCAGGAGUCAUGAUCAUGUCAUGUAGUUUCUUGUCUGGUCUAGUGUCACUGUUUGAACCGGAAACUCAAAAGCAAAACGAUAAAAGCUGUGUUGAAAAGAUAUUGAAAGGUCUAUUUAAUAUGCUUAUGGUCUCCCAUUGAGAUUUCAAAUUUCCAUAUGUUCAUUUCCCUCAGUCCUUUCCUCAUCCUUCGCAAAUUCCACCUUUCCACCCUGUCACAUAAACAGAUACAUCACCAAUACUCCAACCAUUCCUGGGAAAAUUGGCACGAAACUUUUAGAGAAGGAAACUAGGAAAACAGAAAGCUUGUAAUAUCUUUGGUGUCAGAUUUAAAAUGACAUUUGGAAUA